GUGAUGUUUGUGCUCCGCUCGGUAGAGUUGUGUACAGAGGGAGAAGGGGACUGAUUGCUAGCUAACGAUUAAAGAAACGGGGUUGAACGUGGAAACAUUUCACACGGUGGGCUUCCUUACCUAAAAGCGUACAUUAGAUACCUGUUUGUGACGAAGAGGCCUGGACCGGCCGUUUUCAAACAGAACCAACAUACAUUUACGGUUGUAUUGUAGCUAACCAUCGCGCCGUGUAGCCACAGCACAACACAGCAGCGCCAGUCGGAGCCCGUCUCCAAAACAAGAAUGGGGUCUAGGUCCACAGCACGGUUUAGGUAAAGUGACCUUUGGUUGUGUUUUCUAAAUGGCAAAUUUCACGAAUUACCAAGAAAGCAAAGCGGCUAUGUUGUUAGUGGAGACGCAACAGAGGGGCAUCGGGACGAAACCAGCGGCAGCCAAUGAUGGAGACACCUCGGUUGGGGAACCCCCUUCCCCGUUACUGAAUAUCGGUGGCGUCGGGGCCAGCGGAGCUCAUUUCCAUCAGCACUUGCCGCCCUCCAGCCACCAUCACUACCCCCAGACCUCGCUGUCCAAAGGACCACAACACCCGCUGUCGCACCACUACCAGGCGGCGACGGAGCAUCAUCUCUCUGUUGAAAACAUCACGGAGUCCCCGGUAAGGAAAGCCUCGUCAUCGUCUUUGAACCUGGUACAGCACGACCCCGCUGCUAGCCACCACGCACUCGCUGCGUCGGUAAACGCGGCGUCGGCCGCGAUACAACUAGCCGCGAAUGCUAAUGUUAGCGUGGCUACCUCAGAAGGUGUAGUGGACGACAUUCAGAAGUGUGGCUAUCUGCGGAAACAGAAACACGGCCACAAGAGGUUUUUCGUGCUGAGGGCGGCCAGCCACCUAGGCCUCAGUCGGUUGGAGUACUAUGACAGCGAGAAAAAAUUCCGUAACAGUCUGCGGUCUGCUGCUGCGGCAGCUGCAAACGGUACGGUCGCCCCUUCUCCCCCGAAAAGGGUGAUCUAUCUGUAUCAGUGCUUCACUGUCAACAAACGAGCAGAUUCCAAAAACAAACACCUCAUAGCCCUCUACACUAAGGAUGAAUACUUUGCUAUUGUAGCUGAAAACGAGCAGGAACAAGAUGACUGGUAUGUAGCCCUGAGUGAACUGAUGAGUGAGGGGAAAAAGGGGCAUCUAGACUCGGACGAGUUGGAUGAUGGCUACGGUACCGUCACACCAGGUACGGUUUUCAAAGAGGUGUGGCAGGUGAACGUGAAACCCAAAGGGCUGGGUCAGACCAAGAACCUCACAGGUGUGUAUCGUUUAUGCCUCUCUACUAAAACUAUCCACCUGGUCAAACUAAACUCUGAGACGCCAUGUGUCAACCUUCAGCUGAUGAACAUCAGACGCUGUGGACACUCAGAAAGCUUCUUCUUCAUGGAGGUGGGUCGGUCAUCCUCUAUAGGCCCUGGGGAGAUAUGGAUGCAGGUAGAUGACUCUGUAGUGGCCCAGAACAUGCAUGAGACCAUCCUGGAGACCAUGAAGGCUCUGAAGGCUUUUGCUGAGAUCCGCCCCAGGAGCAAGAGCCAAUCUUCUGGCUCCAACCCCAUCGCUUUUAUCACCACCCGCCGUCACCUAGGUAACCUGCCUCCGAGCCAGACAGGUCUCCAGCGCCGCUCCAGGACUGAGUCGGUGGUUGGGACGCCGCCGUCGAGUAAGAGCUCUGGCGCCAGCGGCUAUCGCUUCCGAACAUCGAGCGAGGGUGAGGGGACGAUGAACCGGCCAUUCCGAUCCGUUACCGGCAGCCUGAUCCACCUGAACACUGCCCGGAUACACCUGGGGCGCCAGGAGGGCGGGGUAGGGGCAGGGAAUACCGGGAGCACCGGGGUUGUAGGGCGCUACGCCAGGGCACUACCUGGGUCCACCUACCACGCCCGCUCCGCCUCGCUCCCCGUCUCCCACUUUCCCUCCACCACCUCCCCCGUCAGCGUGUCCAGCAGCAGCGGGCAUGGCUCCGUCUCCGAUACCCUUACCCGGCCCUCCUCAGCGUCCAUCUGCGGUUCCCCCUCCGACGGAGGCUUCAACUCCUCAGACGAGUACGGCUCCAGCCCUGGGGACUUCCGCUACUUCAGGGUCCGGAGCAACACUCCUGAUUCCCUUGGCAACACCCCACCAAUCAGAGAAGAGAACUGCAUGAGUGACUACAUGGCCAUGGGCUGGCACCGUGAGGUGUUUGGAGCCGCCAGCGGUGGAGGGAGUAGCUCUGGCAGCGCGGAGACGCCCAACCGGGACGAGAGCACGUCGACGGAUGACGACAGGUCCCUGAGGAGACGUACCCACUCGUUCACGCGGCCCGGGGGUCAGGGGGGUGUUGCCGGCGGCAGCAGUGGUGUGACGGUGUACCAGAAGAUGACCCAGACCACCUUCUCGCUGGACGAGUCGGUGUCCGUGGGAGAGGCCCUGUCUCUCGGCCGCACCGACAGCAUCACCCAGCCUUCCUCCUCUUCUUCUUCCCUCCGCUCUGACUACAGCUCCUGCUCCGAGCACAGCCAGGGCCGACCCCCUCCUUCUUCGGCCAAGGAGGACAGCGGCUACAUGCCCAUGUUGUGUGGGGUGGCAGCCUCACCCUGUGACGCACCGGACUACAUGCCUAUGCAACCCAGCUCCCCCUCUCUUCACCACCACCAUCCCCAGCACUCCCACUCUCCCCAGGCCCCCCGCUCAGUCCAACAGCCCACAGACCCCCGUGGCUACAUGAUGAUGCUACCAGGGGGGCGGAACUCCUCUUCCCCAGUCCAGGCCUCCCACAGCAGUAGCAGUAACAUGGGUCUUGGUGGAGGUAGUGUCAGUAGUUCUGGUAGUAUAGUGGAGCGGCCCGAGAAUGGAGAGUACAUGGACAUGUCGUACAGCAGUAGCGGAGGAGGUGGAGGGGACGCGGCAGGGGGACGGAAGUUCUCCAACGAGGGGGGAUACUACGCACUGAGCAACCCUGAAGGGAGAGACCCCAAAUCAUACAACUACAGUCCCUACUUCUCCCUGCCUCGCUCCUACAAGGCCCCCGCUGCGAGAGAGAGGAAACAGAGAGAGAGGGAACAGAGAGAGAGGGAACAGAGAGAGAGGGAACAGAGAGAGAGGGAACCGAGAGCGCAUGAUGAGUAUGUACCCAUGAGCUCCCCGGCAAAACCAGUCUACUCCCAGGUUGCUACCGGCAACGUCGGCGAGAGGGGCGUGACGACGAGGGGUGUUGGUAGUGGGGGGUCUGACACCCCUCACAUCCUCCCUCACGGCUACCCGCCCCCUCCCUACGGGGUGCACCACCAAGCGGCUAACGGUGACCGUCGGACGACCCCGGUCCGGCCCAACCGCCUUCCCCUAGGGCGCCGCAGCUUCCACGGGUCACUGAGGGUCAGCGAGCCGGACGCCGCCGAGGUACUCUCCAGCCCUGGAGAGUACAUCAACAUCGAGUUUGGGGGCCGCUACGGACCCCCAACGUCCUGCCCCCUCUCUGCCCAGGAUGGCUCACCCUCUGUGGGCUCUGCUGAGCAGCGCCACUCCCCUCCCCACCCCUAUCCUCAGAAUCAGGACUAUAUGAGUGUAGAGGUGGGGGUUGGAGGUGGGGGUGAUGAUGGAGGACGCCUGGCUAAGAACAAGUCUCCCAGACCCUCACUGGUGGCUCCCUGGAACCCACCCAGCUACAUCCGACCUCUUGCUGCUGGGGCCUCCGUGAGUGGGGCCCCUGGUUCUUCUGGAGCUCGAUGGCGGACGGGGACAGAUGACUACACAGAUAUGACCUUUAACCUCAGCAGUGGUGAGGAGUCGCGGGGGUUACGGAGUAGUCCCACGGCCAUGCUGCAGCACCUGUGUUUGAUGGAGAGCUGCUACCCCCCCACCUCUACCUCCCCUCCCUCCUCCAGCCCUCAGCUUGAGCCCAUCAAGGUGGUACGUGCGGACCCCCAGGGGCGACGCCGACACAGCUCCGAAACGUUUUCCUCAUCCUCCAACUCCGGAGGAGUCGGCGCCACAAGCUCCAGCACCAUCCCCAACCCCUCCUCGGGCUCAGCCAACCCCUCGGCUCUCAACGUAGCUCAUCUGGCCGAGAGCUCCAAGUGGACCGGCUCUGGCUCCUUUGACAGUGUGUGGAUGUGUGUUGAGGGGGUAGGGGGGGACUCGGCCGGUCUCCCUGCCCGUCCAGGGCCUUCUGAUCUGGGCAUUGCCUCAGCCUCAUCUGUGUGUCCUCCUGGGGGUCGGAUGCGCAGGAACAUGUCUGUGGGGUAUCAGAACGGACUCAACUACAUCGCCCUGGAGCUGAGAGAGGACCGGGACUCUAACCCUCUACCCGUACCCCAGCAGCAGCAGGAUGGUACCGGGGUGACCCCCAACGCCCCCCAAGCCAGUAACCUGACUGUGCCAGUAGCAGAGGACAACGGAGCAUAUGGCAGUAUAGACUUCAUCAAGUCAGACAGGAUGACUGCCACGUCCAAGGACUGAUGGAGGAAGCUGAGAAGGGAGCAUCACAGACUCCCUCUACUGUGGCCUUCAACACCCCCACACCACACUUUGAUCUUCAACCUCUCAACCUCGACCCCAAGGACUCCAGCCCACGAGGUCACGCCCCCUCUGAACAACAACAACCGCACCAUCACCAAGACGACAGAAAACAAAGACUGAAUGCGCCACAUUUGUGUUUAAUAAUUUCAUAUUUUUUUUGCAAACUUUUUUAAUUUUUGAUAUAUAUCCAUUUUUUUCCCCUUCUCA